AUGGCGCCUUCUCAGAUCCAAACAUGUUCCCAUAUCUCCAGUCAAGACACCACAUCUCAAAACCACGGCCUGGAAAAGCAAGAUGAGCCCAAUACCCCGAACGACCUUCACGAAAAGAAGUCAGCUUUUUCCAGUCUCGGCCUGCUAGAUCGCUUCCUUGCUGUAUGGAUCUUCCUCGCUAUGGCCAUUGGUAUCAUUCUGGGAAACUUUGUCCCAAGUACAGGACCUGCCCUUGAAAGAGGGAAAUUCGUCGGUGUCUCGAUUCCAAUCGCUGUGGGACUGUUAGUCAUGAUGUAUCCAAUCCUGUGCAAGGUUCGAUUUGAAUCUCUGCAUCAUGUCUUUAAGACAAAAGAUAUUUGGGCCCAGAUGGCUUUCAGCAUGCUGCUCAACUGGAUAGUCGCACCAUUCCUCAUGCUGGGUUUGGCAUGGGCUUUCCUACCCGACGAGCCAGAGCUACGUCAAGGACUUAUAGUAGUCGGGUUAGCACGAUGCAUUGCUAUGGUCUUGGUGUGGACAGGACUGGCAGGUGGCGACAAUGAGUACUGCGCUAUCCUCGUUGCCCUCAAUUCGAUCCUUCAGAUGGUGCUGUUCGCUCCCAUGGGAGUUUUCUUCAUCGAAGUGAUAAGCGGAGAUCAAGUCACCUUCGAAUACGCUAUCGCAGCCAAAAGUGUAGCGGUCUUUCUCGGUAUUCCCCUGGGGGCCGCGAUUAUAACGCGAUUCAUAGGUCGCAAAAUUUCAGACCAGUGGUUUGAGACAUUCCUGCGAUGGAUCAGCCCGUUGUCUCUGAUCGGACUGUUGUUCACGAUCCUGGUGUUGUUCGCCUCGCAGGGUCGCCAUGUGGUCGAGCAGAUUGUCUCCGUCGUGCGAGUUGCAGCUCCGCUCAUCGUCUACUUUCUGAUCAUCUUCUUUGCCACUCUGCUUGUCACUUACAAAUUAGGGUUUGGCUAUAAGCUCUCAACCGUCCAGAGCUUCACUGCCGCCAGCAAUAACUUUGAACUGGCGAUUGCGGUGGCAGUGGCGGUCUUUGGGGCCGAUAGCAACCAAGCUCUUGCAGCGACUGUCGGGCCCUUGAUUGAAGUUCCUGUUUUAUUGGGGUUGGUUUAUAUUGUGAAGUGGAUAGCGCGGCGUGUGGGAUGGACGGAUGGAGAAACGUGCAUGGAAACCCGUUAG